AUCUUCUAACACUUCCCUGUCGCCUUUGAUAGUAGUCAAGAUGGCUUCGACCGACGUCGCUUCCUUCAUAGGCCAGCUAAGUGAUAUAGGAAUUCCAUUCAAAACACCGACAGAUCCUGAUUGGGCUACAUAUUCAUCAACCUAUAACCUACGCCUUCCGGUUACCCCUGCUGUUGUCGUUGUCCCAUCCACAGUCGAACAUAUCAGCAACGCCAUUACCUUCGCAGGCAAACACGGAUUCAAAGUGCAGGCCCGAUCUGGUGGGCACUCAUAUGCCUCUUACAGCAAUGGAGGGGUGGAUGGUUCUAUAGUAAUAGACCUCAGGAAAAUUCAUUUCAGAACCAUCUCGGCUUCAGAUGACCCCAAUUGUGUUAUAGUUGGUAGCGGCACGCGAUUGGGCGAGUUGGCUCAAACCAUUGACCAACGUACGGGCUGGAAACGCGCUCUUCCUCAUGGCACUUGCGCAAGCGUUGGAGUUGGCGGACAUUUCACACAUGGAGGAUAUGGAUUCUUCUCCCGUGCUUGGGGUCUUGCUAUGGAUCGCAUCGCAAAGAUCAUGGUGGUAUUGGCAAACGGCCAACUGGUCCUUGCUGAUGAAAAUCAGAAUCAAGAUCUAUUCUAUGUAAGUCCUAAUGCUCUUAUUGCAUUCUCCCCCUUAACUAGUGAGCUUUUGCUAACCUUAGGACUUCCAAAUAAGGCGAUGCGAGGCGCGGCUGACUCCUUUGGCAUCGCGGUAGCAUUUUAUCUCAAUACAGUGCCUACACCCGAAUCCAUCAUACACUGGGACUUUAAAGUCAGCGAUGCAACAAAAAGCAUCGAGAGUGCCGUCAGAGCCUUCCAACAUAUCCAAACAUUCGUUCACGAUCACUCUGUCGUCGACCGCCAGCUAGGACUCAAUGUGACUCUGUCAUCGGACUACUUCGCAGUAGGGGGUACCUUCUUAGGGUCUCGGAAUGAUUUCGUACGAAAGGUCAUACCGGCAUUGCUAGAGGGAAUUCCUGAGUUCCCAACUAUCGAAGUCAAGCAGGUGGAUUGGGCAACAUCUCUCAAGCUACUCAACCAAGGCCGAGAACUGGACUCUCCGACGGAUUCCUCAGAGCAUUCCAAUUUCUUCGCCAAGAGUGUUACCAUACCCGAGCCGGGUUUCACUGCCGAAUCGCUGACAGACUUCUUCACAUACCUUCUCGACCAAGGCGCACGCGCGCCUAUCUCGUACUUCAUCUUAGCCGACUUGUACGGUGGCGCCGACAGCCAGAUCAACGCCAAAGACCAGAGUUUCUCCGCCUUUGCACAUCGCGAUACUCUGUGGGUCACCCAACUAUACGGCUAUGUUGACAACGAGCAAGUUUUCCCAUCGGAAGGUCUUGACUUCAUCAACGGACUAGCAAGCGCUAUGACAGCGCGCCUCCCGAGUUACGGCGCAUACUCCAAUUAUACCGACCCGAGUCUGCCAAGAGAAGAAGCGAAUGAUCUAUACUAUGGUAAAGAACUUCAUAAGAAGCUAAAACAGCUGAAAAGGGAUUUAGAUCCGAACAACGUUUUUGCGAAUCCCCAAUCAAUUGAGGGAUAGGGGGUGGGAGCAUAUGUCUAAUUGAGUUUUUGCGUUAUGCAUGGCGUUGAAGGCUACGGGGGAAAAUGUGAAAAAUAGAUGGACACGGUACUCGAGAAGGUUAGGUUAAUUUGUUCGUGCAGUUUAACUUCAAAAUACCUAGGUAGAUAGUCUUACUAGCAAUGAUUUCGUUAAGAUUUUAGCUAGGGGUCUUACCACCCAUAUCCGACAAUAGAACUAACUGCUCUAUUUUAUGAGACAACCACUUUCAUAUGUGAUACUUGAUGAAUUUUGUGCUUUAGUAAUGUUGAGACCAAUGCUCUAAGAAAUAGCUUCCUGGAGGUUAGGCGCUGACAACACCCAGGAAGUCGGAUAAAUUAUCAUCGCGCCUUUUCUAGAUUUGCUGC